UCCCUCAUUCCACAGUUGAUCCUCGAGGAGGAAGGUUGUCAUCUGUUUGUCCGAAUAAAGAAACAUCAGUCGUUAUUCUGCCAAAGCUUCAGAUGCGACAGUCCACAAUGAGGACUUUGUUUUUUCUGGUUUUCCUGGGAACAGGUCUACAUGGGGCGGCGGCAGUGGCUCACUCUCUGAAGUAUUUCUACACUGGUUCUUCUGGAGUCCCAAACUUCCCAGAGUUUGUGGUUGUUGGGAUGGUUGAUGAAGUUCAGAUGAUUCACUAUGACAGCAACACCAAGAGAGCAGAACCCAAACAGGACUGGAUGAACAAAUCAGCAGAUCCAGACUAUUGGGAGAGGGAGACUGGGAACUUACUUGGUGCCCAGCAGACCUUCAAAGCCAACAUUGAAACUGCAAAGCAGCGCUUCAACCAAACUGGAGGUGUCCACAUUUACCAGAGGAUGUACGGCUGUGAGUGGGACGAUGAGACUGGAGUGGUUAAUGGUUACACUCAGUGGGGUUAUGAUGGAGAAGACUUCAUCUCAUUUGACCUGAAGACAGAGACAUUCAUCGCUGCAAAACAACGAGCUGACAUCACCAAACAGAAGUGGGAUAAUGAGAAAGCUUGGAUAGCAGGGAGAAAAAACUACUUGACCCAGAUCUGUCCUGACUGGGUGAAGAAGUAUGUGAACUAUGGGAGGAGCUCUCUGCUGAGAACAGAGCUCCCCUCAGUGUCUCUCCUCCAGAAGACUCCCUCCUCUCCAGUCAGCUGCCACGCUUCAGGUUUCUACCCUGACAGAGCCUCACUCGUCUGGAGGAAAGAUGGAGAGGAGCUUCACGAGGGCGUGGACCUCGGAGAGACCCUCCCCAACCAUGAUGGAACCUUCCAGAUGAGCGCUGACCUGAAACCUUCAGCGUCUGAAGACUGGGGGAAGUACGAAUGUGUGUUUCAGCUCUCUGGUGUGAAGGACGUCGUCACCAGACUGGACAAAGCAGCGAUCAGGACCAACGGGGAGAGUCCUGUUUACAUUUACAUCAUUGUUGCAGUGGUUGUUCUCGCUCUCGUCCUCAUCGCUGCCGCUGGAUUCAUGAUUUACAAAAAGAAGAACGCCAAACGCCCUCCAUCUCCUAUAAGCAACCCUGAGGUCUUGGAGGAACUGAAUCCACAAGGCUGAAAGACAAACACAGCAGCAGCACCCUGAACACAGUUUCUGGAUAAAUUUUGCAACCAGGAGUGCUGCCGCCACGUUCUCCUCCAUAAACUGGGAUUUCAUUGGUUAUUCAUCCUCAUAUCAUACAGUGAUAGAAUCAGGGUUGGGAAUCUAGUCGUCGAUGCUUAUUGAUCAGAAUACAAAGCAAACAAAAAAGUAGCUGACAGAUAUUUUACACAUAUGAUCAAACGUAAAUGGUGACAUGAAAUGAUUUUGAUGGUUUUGUUUCAAACAACAAAGUGGAAUUUUCUUCUGAUAAAAUGUUUGAUUCAAUGUUGGUGAAUCAAACCAGGAUCAGCCUCAUUUUUCUCACCUGGAAUGAAGUAAAACACAAUAUUCAAGAAAUUAAAGCAUCACGGCACUCUUCGUACAUCCAUCAUUACGAUUUAUUCAUCUAAAACAAAUCAGCAGAAUUACUGUUUCAUACUCAAGGUGUUGGUGUUUUCUGGUCCAAUCAGUAAUGUCAAUCUACACACAAACACACACACACACACACAAACACACACACCACAUACAUUCUCCAGUCCUCUGCGACUCUGCAGGAUCAGAUGGAUGGGAAAUGCAUGGAUGCAGUUUCAUAAUUUAUCACAACAUGAAAUUACAGAAACAAUGACAGGGUUUAUCAGUGUCGCCCACCCCUGUGCAAGCAUACACAAAAUAUAUCAGUACAAGAAUUUGUUUCCAGUUGUGCAUAUAGUUGGCUUGUAUAUUUCCUUAAAAAUAAUACAAUUGAAUAAUUUUCUUUUGAUUUUAAGCAAGUUUAAGCAAAUGAUAAUUUAUGUCUUUGAGGUUUUUCUGUAUUAAUCAGGAGUUUGUUGGUUUUUGUUUCAUAUUUUCUAUAUUUUGAUCUGUUUGGAAACAUUUUAGUUGUAGCUGACUUUCUGAAAUUGGUUAAGGGAUGUUUUAAGCUUCUCAGUGCACUGAAAAUACUUCCUGCUUAUAUUUUGGGACAGGGGACAUUUAGUUUAAAGCUGAAAAGAAAUUUAACAGUGAUGCUCAAAGCUAUGUGUUGUGUUGGGUUAAAUAAAUUAGUUUGCUUUGCUUUUCCAUUUAUUUUGUACUGUUUUGCUUUUAAAUAAAGUCCCAAAUGUUC